UUGCUCCUGUCGAGCAAACGACGGCGGCGGAAAUGUGCACGCGAAGAGCGCGAGCUUAUGCUCACUUUCGAAUUUUCCCUAAAUUUUAGUCUAUUAUCAGCACUGAGCGUCGAUGAAUGUGUGUUGCAAUUGUUAGCGGGCGCACGAAUUCGCGGUCGUUCGGUUUUUGUUGCACCUCUUGGAUGGAUGCCUCCCCCACAACACCGUGUCAAUCGUGAUUCUGCUGUGAAAAUUUUGCGAUUUUUCUUGCCAAAAUUCAAUCAUUAGUUAUAUUUGUGUAGUGUUUCAAUCGAACAUGCUAAAUGAAAUACUGUCGCAGGUAGUGCUCUGUGAUUAGUGCGCAUUAGUUUGUAUUGUAUCCAUCUUGACCACCUGGCCACGGCUGCUGGGACUGGCAGAUGCUAAACCGGCCAGAUUGUGGGACGAGACUCCCGCCGAGUGAAUAUACGACAUAUCCGCAGUGUGCUGGCCGUAGACGGACCGUAAACAUUGUCCCCACCCCAACCGCCGUGCCGCCCCCGACCGAAGCGAGCCAAGGUUCGUCCGGUUUAGUCUGGUCUGCCGAACGCUGGGAAAACACAUAAAUUCGUUCGUUUCAUUUGGAAGUCAUUAAUCACAGCAGGAAGCAUCCGCGUGCCGUGCACUGACUUGCUCCCUCCCUAGCAGCAGGGGUGAUUUACGCGGAUGUUUUGUUACAGUUUAAAUACCAAUGGAACAAGGUACCCAUCGCUGUUAGAACCCAGCCCCGGCCCUCGUCGUCUGCAUCACGGUGCAGCAUCCCAAGAAGCAUAGUAAUCUAGUGUAUGUGUGUGUUUGUGUGUGAGUGCGCGCGUGCAAAUGUGUGCCGCUAUGCCAUGUUGCUGCUAGAGUUCCCAGAGUAGAGAACCGAAGGGCACCAAAUCCCGAGUGUUUUUCAUGUGCCCGGCACAAGUGCAGCACCCGAGUGGGCCAGAAGGGAAGAGGGUGGAAAUUUAUGUGUAAUACCUGCCUCUGUGCGCGCUCAAAUUCCGCAAAUGCUACCGAUUCCUAGACACAACGCUCAACGAUUUUACUUCGAAGAAAUUGUAGUGACGUAGAAUAAACGUGAAAAUCUCAGACCGUAAAGCAAGGCGUGAAAAGUGGUAACCUCGAUCAUAUCGCGGCCAUUACCAGCGGUUACAUGUGGCCACGGAGAACUAUCAAUCUUGUCGGCGAUGGUGAAACAAACGAGGGAACGAGUCCCCUUGAUUUGAGUGAUUAAUCAAAUACGGGGCCGGAGAAUACCGGAAAGUAUUUCAAAACACAGCGAAUCUGAACCUUUCACUUCAACAAUCCAGGGGCAAAACGGAAUAUGAGAUGUGGUUUCUGUUGGUGCUGCUACAGAUCUUUCUUAUAAAAGAAACGACCUUCGGAAUCAAGCUGAUGGAGGUACGAGUGCCUAAACACACCAUCAAGGAUAAUCCGGUGCGUCUCGAGUGCCACUACGAGAUGGAAGGCGAUGCGCUCUACGCGGUCAAAUGGUACAAGGACGGCAACGAGUUCUAUCGCUACGUGCCAAGAGAUAAUCCCCCCGCCCAGGUGUUCCCCCAAACGGGAAUCAAUGUCGAUGUACAAAAUUCAACCAACAACCAGGUGGUACUGAACCCAAUCGAGCUCACGUCUAGCGGGAAGUAUCGAUGUGAGGUAUCGGCUGAAGCUCCGUCCUUCCAAACCGUGUCCGACCAUGGUGAAAUGACCGUCGUUGUUCUUCCCGACGAGGACCCGCACAUAACGGGCGGAAAGCCUCGCUACCAAAUCGGGGACUACGUCCGAGUCAACUGUUCCUCCGGACGGUCCAAACCUGCGGUUCACUUAGCCUGGUACAUCAACAGCGAACCGGCGGACCCGGCACUCGUGCGACAAUUCGAACCAAUCGUCUCCGGCCCGGACCGGCUGGAAACAUCCAUCUUGGGGUUGGAAUUCCGCGUCAAGCCGAAGCACUUUAAACGGGGCGACAUGAAGCUGAAGUGUCUCGCUACGAUUUCGACCGUGUACUGGAAGAGCAACGAGGAAAGCGUCGAAGGGGACAAACCGCAGAAGGCCCCGAUGCUCGAGUCGCGGAAGGCCGUCUCAUCCAACACUCGAGCGGAUCGAGUUCAAGCCAACGGAGCCACGAGCAUCUCGUCGAGUGGAAUCCUACUUACCAGUCUCGCCACGCUACUGAUCGCCAUGGCAAUCUCCUCCGCGUCGAGCUGUGUCAGCACGAAAACCCAACAACAGCAGCGGCAGUCCUUCAGCAAGGAGCUCUCCCUGAGGUAACUAGCAGAGCCCGCUGCCUCUCUUUCAUUGCCGCCGCAUCGCUGCUGCUGCUGCUGCUAGCAUGUAAUCCAGUUUAAGACGAAGGAAAACCAAAUUUUAACGUUAAAUGAUAUUUAAUGUGGAAAGAUAUACUACUUGAGUUAAGGUGAACACAAAGCAAAAAUGAACGCAGGUGGUGAAAUUUGAAAUUUGUGUGAAUGUGAAACAUUCCAUGGAAUGGAAUGUGCGAAUGGGCGAGAGAGAGAGCGUGUAUUGUCACUUCCUUACGAAACAGUUCUUUUUUAGAUAAUUAAGUUGCAUGGAAAUCUGAGAACAAGAUAAGAUGUGCGAUGUAAAAAUGGAAAAAAUAGCAGGUGGUUAAGUGGUGAAAAAUAGUAUUAUCCGAGAAUGUUUCCUCUUUUUAAUUUAUUCACAAUAACAGGACGAAACAACUUCUUGUUUGAAAUACGAGUAAAUCUUUGGGUUCCGAAGAAUUGCAACCAACCGAGAGCACUAUUUCUAGGGUGAAAGAGCUGUCAAAUGAAUCCAUCACCGAGUUAACAUCUUAAUUUUUUUCACGCUCGACCGAAAUAGAAUAAUUACUCUACGCGUUUAUUCACUUACAGUUAUUCACACCCACGCUCACUUUGUAAAUAAAUCCGAAUUAUGCUUCAUUCUUUGAAUUUUGAAGCGAAGCUUUGGAAAAGGCAUCCCUUCUCCAAUUAUCACAAAGAAACCCACUGAUUUCCACCGCUGACCUGUAGCCGUCGGAAAAAAAAACUGAAUCCGGAAAUUGGAAAAUUAAAUUCGACAUCAUGCUGUCGAUAGCUGUUACCGAUGGAAUAUCGAAAAUAAUGCUGUUAUUUAAAUCCCCCUCGAAUCGAACCAUGAAAACCACCACUAACAAUCGCACAAUACAAUGAACCCCAUGUUCGCGUUGAGUAAUGGCCCCCCGACACGGUCCCGAUGCGAUGGACUGACGAACGAGGGGCUGCUAUGCCGUUGUAUACGUAUCCUUUUAUUCCCGAACGCCGCAAACGACCGCCAUCGUGGGUUGAAUGGCAAGCAUGGAAAUCAGAUCGGCAACAUUUUUACACCCAAUCAGGAUAUCAGAACUCGAUGGUAGGAUUGCUACGAGGAACGGGUGGAUCCAAAAAAGAAAGGGGGACUCAAAAUACGCCAAUCUGUUUUCCAUAUUCAACGGCGGCAUGUUCUUCUCGAGUCCCCGGUGGCAACAUGGCGGAAGCUAGCGUCGUGUGCUAUAAAACAGAUCCGACGGAAUGUUGUUUUGAUUGCAGGGGCCGAAAAAGAGCGCUCCUGGCGAUCCUAAUUGGAGCAACACGCCUAUCUGGCUUUCCGAUUCGUGUUAACACAAUCUCUCUUAUUAGCCUAAUUUAGGCCAGCAAUUCGGGUUUAAUUACAUGGAAUAUUAAUGGCGCAGCUUAAUUCGUUAACAUCAGGCAUUAAAUCCACGCUGAAGAGAUGCUAAACAUCCCGAUAUGAAAUAUUAAAAUCGAACAAGAUUCCGCUGUGAUUAAAUCCAAUCCGAUGGCGCAUGAUUUGGAGGAGGGGCUGCUGCGCACAGCUUCAACACCGCAUAUUUCAUUCAUAUCAAACAUACGAAAUCAUAUCAGUAACAUUCGUCAUUUGAUUAAAUCCACAGCGGUGAAAAGUGCUAAUUUUAAAAGCUCAAUGAAACCGACAGAACACAUUAAUUGUGGUAUCGAUUCCAAACCCUUCCCUCCAUUCACGUCACCGCAACACCAUUUUCGUGCCCUGCGGCGAAAAUCAAACACCAUUUUGAUAACCCCACACACACACACUUCCCACAUCAUUUGUCAUUUGCCCGCAAAGCGCCUAAUGCACCGUUUAUGUUCUCAAUCAUCCGCGGUUUUAAUGUUUAUUUAAGCGACCAUUUUAUGGAUUUAAUGAAUCAAUUAGUUCUCAGCCAUCGGUUUAUCGAACGAACACACGAACCGGAAGGAAGAAGGUACGCGAGGUGGUCGGCAGAAACUGAAUAAUUAUGAAUGUGAUUAAAUUCCAUGAAUAUGAAUGUACAUUUCGAGAAACAAAACAAAGAAAAAAAUGUUCAUAUCACAUAGCAAACAACCGGAAAACCGCAUAUUUAAGGCUUAAUUCCCCCCGGAGGGGGGUGAAACAUGAAACCAUAUAAAAAGCACUUCAAAAUGACAGACCCUCCUUACCGUCCUUGAGUUUUGAGAUAAACACAGACAGACAGACAGGCAAGCACGUAUGCCACAUAUCGAUAAGAAAACUUUUCAUAUCAAAGUAUGGGAGUUCAAUUAAAAUUUUAUCAGCAGACGUGACUAACAUAAUAUUGUGGGAAUGUGAGCGAAUGUAGCGUAGGUGUAAGAUAAUUCUACUUCUUCACGACAGAAUUUGAAAUUAAAAUGAAAAAAAACAACAGGAAACAAAAAAACAAACAGCACGAAAUUAAAUACGCAACAAAAGCUACAUUUUUCAACGUUUUCAACUUCUGUAUGUGUGUGUGUGUGUGUGUGUGCGUCUCCACUGUCAGAAUCGAAGGAUGGGCGGGCAAAAGUUUUGAAAGGAAAUUAAGAGGGAAAAAAUGGAGAGCAUCCCGUAUCAAUUUAGUGGUAUAAAAACGGGGGCGUUGAAAUGGGAAAGACUAACCUGACAGACAAGAGUGCCAUGAAACAGAAUCAAAAUAUAAGGAGAAAAACAAACAAAGUUAAAUCAAUUGUGAGAUAAACAAAUGUGAAGAAAUCCUCUCCAAGUGGAAUUUCAUUCACUAGAACCUUGAUGGGAAGACGUGGAGAAGUAGUUCUCUGAAAGUAAGUUUUAGUUAAACAAUGAACGAAUGAGAAUGAUGAUGAAAAAACAGAGAUAAAAUGAUUCAUUACCAUGAAAUAAAAAAUAAUGAUGGAUAA